AAUAAAAAAUAUCAUUUAAUUAAAAAUAGGAGUAUAUAUUGCCAGCAAUGAUUGAUCUCAUAUCACUAAUUUUGUAUUAUUUCGCGUAUGCAAUUUCGAGUUCUCCAAAGACAAAGAAUUUUUAAAAGUUUUAAAAAGUUUAAAAGUUUAAAAUUUAAUAUAAACACAUUGGCCCGUAUUCAGAACGCGCUAACAAAAAUGUUAGCGCGUUGUUAUAUAAUAUAUAAUCCAAUAGAAAAAUCUGUUUUUUAUAAUACAGAUUCUUCUAUUGGAUAACAACGCUCUAACAUUUUUGUUAGCGCAUUCUGAAUACGGACUACUAUCUAUUUAAACACUUUUCCAGUUUAAUCCUAAAAUUUUCUUAUUGCACUUUAUAACAAUUAAGUUUAUUAUAUGCUAUAAGCGUAUUAUAGUUACAUAAAGGUAACUUUUUAAAUUCAUCGAUUAAUCAAUCAACAUAAUUGGUUGAUAUUUAAGUUUUCGUACACAUUUUUCAAAAGUUAACACAAUAAAACUCCACGAAUAAUUCCAUUAAAAUUUAAAUUGGUUGCUACCAUAGACGUAAUAGAUAUUUAGAUUGCACUACAUUCCGAACCUGUGCUACACUUCACUUGACUCCGCUUCGGAAAAGAAAAGAAAUUUCGAGAUAUAAAAAUCGAAAAAAACAGAUGUGCAAUAAGUUAAAUCUAUAGUUAAAAUAAGAAAAAAUAUAUUUGUCUCACUUUAACUUGUUGCACCAGCGCAGCUAAAAAGAACAGGCCAAUACGUGCGCGUCUAUUAAUCGCAGCCAUUUCUCGGUUCCGACAUGGCCGUUCCUGUCAUUUUAAAUUUGAGUUAAACUGUAUCGCACGGCCGCCGCGUCGGUGGAAGCCCGUGCGAGUUUAACAUAAUCUCUUUCAAUGGAAUAUGUCAACGCACAUCACCAUGACCGGGAACCACGUGAACCCCAUCGUACGCCGCGGCAGAAUGGUGCUGUCCGAUCUGGAUCAGAUCAAGAAAAACGAACGUGAUCGUCGGCGAAGGUUACGUUUGGAGCAGGUUCGGCAGCAGUCGAAGGAGAUAUCAAAUCGACUUUUAGAGCGCGCCAAGAAGAUAGCGAGGGAGGAACUCAGCAAGUUGGAGAAAGAUGGGAAGUCAGAACUCAGGCAGAUGCACAAUCGAAAGAUCAUGGACAUACAGCGAAAGUAUCAGGAGGAUUUGGAGGACAUCGGCCAAGCUCACGCCUCUGCAGCUCUGCAACCAGAUACAGAUGCAAUAAUAGAGGAAGAGGCGAAGAAGAAUAGAAUUGUAGCCUUGAAGAGAGGGAAGGAUGCAGCGGAGCGCAUGAGGGAGACAAAACAAACAGACGAUGCCGAAGCGGCUUACCAAGAAAGACUACGUAGGGUACGAGAGGCAGAGAAUGUAAGGGCCACAAUGAUAGCCAGACUUCUAAAGCAAUCAUCUGAGGAGAACGACGGAAUAGAGGGAAAUCCUACCCAAUCUGCAAAUAGAGAGUCUGCUACAUACGACGAAGCGCCAACUCCAAAAAGAAAAGACAAAAAAGCCCUUCCAAAAAAAUCGCCCAUAAGGACGAGAAAGUCUAAUCUACAAAAAGCAUUAUCACCAAAACCAGGGCCUUCAGGAUUACAACAACAGAAAUCCGCUGUACAAUCUCAACCUGAGUUAUCCUCGAAGAAGCAAGCGGACAAAUUUAUAUCCGAUCGUAUCGAGCGUGUUGAAGAAGCAAGUGACGAUCAGGUACCGCGGAGGACAGUGCCGACCAUGAGCAUUAUACCGACUAAGCAACCUAACAAAACGACAGCAAAAUACAAUUCAGAAGAUUACAUGCAAAACACGUCAGAGAACACGACGAGUAGCGACGUUAAUAGCAGUUCCAGUUCGAGCAGCGACGAUUCGUCGUAUUUUUCUGAUGCCGUGGAACAAAUUACAAGUUAUAGCAAGAUCCCGAGACCACCGCCAGUUUUAACAGAGAAUAAAGUACGAUCACAAUAUGACCACAAUAUACGUCAGAGGCCUUCUGCUAUGGUCGAAAGAGUUGACAUCAUAAACGAGCCGAGCGCAAUGGAAGUGGCGCAUGCGAUGAGAAACGCAGAGAAUGCAGAUACACACAUAUCAAAAAAUCAUAAAUUAAGUGCGGCUCAAUGUCAACGCGGCAAAGAUGCGAUUUUGCGAGAGAGAGUACGGAGGGAUUAUCAGGCGCUCCUGCAAAAUCUGGAGCAUCUCGCGCAGGAAGAGCGCAAGCUGAAAGCUAGUCAAAUUCAAUCCGUGAAGGAAGACCCGUACACGCUACUGCAUCAGAGAAACAAGUACCAUAAGGAACAUCAAAGGAGAUUGAACCGCGCAACAAAAAAUGUUCUUUGUACGGAUAGUGCACCGACUCGAUGCUCUCAUCUUGUGGAAAGAGUCAUCACUUUACCGACACAGAAGAAAGAAAGCGACGUACCUCAUUCCACAUGGCAAAAUCCCUAUCUCGUCGAAGAGCAGGCGGAUGUUUGUUACACACCACUAGAUAAAGAUAGCGAAAUGCUAUCGCGCGAGGAACAAAUAUUGGAUAUGCUGAAGAAAGUUGAGCGACAAAAGAGACUGCUGUUACAAGAAUUUGGCGCCAGUUUACCGGAUAAUAUAUUUAAUGUCAGUAUGAGAUCGGUCUGCGAGGGUAGAACGCCGAGGACGAAAGCGACAGAGAAAGUCUAUACCACUAAACCCUUGUCGCCUGAAAUUAAAGUUAUAAAUAUGUCUAAUAGCGACGAGUGCAUCAGCAAAAGUUGUAAAGCGAAAAAUUCCGAUAAAUUACCUACGAAAAAAAUCGAGAUCGCUGUUCAGACAGCACCAGAAAAGAUUAGGAGUUCAGCGGAGAAUAAAGGCAUACAAGUAAAAUUACCUCAAGAGAGGGACGUGCAUCCAGCACAUCCCAGCAAGGAAGCAGCCACGCGAGUACCUCAUCCGAUUGAACCGAUAGUUACUAUUAUUACACCGGAAGCAGAUAAAAGCAGCAUUAGUAACAAUAGAAAUAAUAGAAAUAAUAGUAACAAUGAUAACAGUGGCAACAAUGCUAGCAGUGAUAGCAAUGGCAAUAGUAGCAAUGUUAGCAAUGAUAGCAAUGCAAGCAAUGGCAACGGUAGCAAUGUUAGCAAUGAUAGCAAUGCGAGCAAUGGCAACAAUGGCAGCAAUGGCAGCAACAAUUCAUCAUGCUCAGAAAUUAGUGGCAUGAUCAUCGAAGUUGGCAAGAAAGAGGUGAUUGUAACACCUAAAAAAAGAAAGAGCAGCGUAAGAGCGUCUAAACGACCAUCACCUCGAAUUUAUCAAAAGAUCCGCUCAACGCCCGUCAGUUCUAAAGGGACGUCACCCAUGAAGAAAUGCUCGAAGACUCAGCCAGGCAUUCGUCAAACUCCCCAGAAGAAGAGGAGAUGUCUGGACACACCGGAUACAGCCACUAGAAGAGUUAAUAUACACAUAAGUAGAUCUGAUCAAGUCGGCGACGAGACAGAUCCGUCGCAAGAAACGAGAGUGUCGAUAGAUGCCAGCGCGGAAAGCUCGCAGACACUUUCAGGCGUGAACGGCGAUUAUGCUAUAUUGGGUACACCAUAUUGGAUACGGACCCGAACGAAAAAGUGGAUUCGAGUAAGGGACACCUCGGACACGUCGACAUCGUAUGCAAGUCCACCGCCGAUAAGACCUAGAUCAGCGCUUGAUGCUCUGGCUAACGUUACGCCAAUCUUAGAACUGUUAGAUUCUCCAGCGCCCGAGGAAUUAAGAAGACAACAACGGGACGUCAGUCCUGUUUCCACGCCGGAAACUCCUUCACCGCGUACGAUGAUGAUGCCGUCGAACAUUCCACAUCGUGAUAGGGUUAGCAGGAUGCUUAGAUUUAACAUGAAUGAUUCUCAGACUAAUGACAGCGUUGUGAUAUCGACGCAAGAUCAAUCCACCUUGACAGAACCAUCGGACGUUUGUCAGAGAUCUGAAACAUCAAGACUUAUAUCCGCUACUUCACAGCAGCCGGAAUCUAAACUCUGUAUAUGUAAAAAUCCCGAAUGUAAAUUGUUACAUAUGAAGCUUGACGAUAUUCAAGAUUAUGCUUUGAAAAAUUGUCCUGAAAUAUUGAAAAAAUAUGAAGAACUGCAAAAUUUGUGUUCAGAGAGAAUAGCGUCUUUAACUGAUCUCAUCGAAAAAGUACGAAAUGAGCAAAAAGAUAUGGAUUUUUCGCUAAUCAGUCCAAAUGAUGAAACUAGCUUAAUGCAAUUACCUACACCAAAACGAACAGGUAAUGAUACGGAAGCAAUACGUAGGUUGAUCGAUAGUAUAGAAACGAUUCAUGCCCAACUUGCAAGAACUCUCCUUGAAUCACAAAGAAUUAUGCAGGGAAGCGAAACGGUUUCAAAGGAUGAGACCUCGUGUGAUGCAGAAAUCCAGGCGAUCACAUCUACUCCCAGAAGUAAAUUAGUAGAUACUGUUAAGGCACAAAAAUCCAAAGUAGUAGAAGGCAAAGCUAAGCCAAAGAUUAUAAGUAAUGAAAAAGUUAAUAUACAGCUUAAUCGAUUUAAAAUGCAGCAAAAACCUCAAGCGACGACCUCGACAACGAAAACAACAGAGCGUAAUUCUUGGCCACCGUGUACACUUCCUCUUUACGAAGAAGAGAUAAUAGAGAAAUUGUCGAAAGAAAUUUUAGAACAAAGUAAAAAUUUGGACAAAGCAAGCAUCGCCUUGGCAGCUUUGAAAGAAAAUGAUGAAACUCAACAUAAAAUGUCAUCUUUUAAGAAUCUUAAUAUGAAACAAAGUGCCUUAUUAGAACAAGAAAAAGACAAUAAUGUUGCAAGGAAACUUAUUUCUACUGCAGAGACAAUGAAAGAAAACAGUUUUAUUCCUAUAUUAACUGACAUUCCAAAAAUAUUGCGCAAUCAUGGAAUUGUAUCAUCAAUGAACAGACCAAAACCUCCCGUUACACUAUUAAAUGGACUCUACAGGCCGGAAUUAGAAUCAUCGGGACAUGAAUUAUCAACAAUAGUGGAAUUUGAUACAACAGAUACAGCUAAUAAAACUAGCAAAAGCCCAGUAAAAUCUAAACCAUCUGUUCAUGUGGCUCCUUUACCUGUUCAACAGAAUCAACAUUUUUCAAAAAUAUCAGCAGAUUCGUCAUCUGGUAUGAAACAUUCUAUUGAAAAAUUACCUUUUGUACAGAAAUCGCAAGAAACGACUGCGAUUUGUAAUUCUCCUGAAAAGUUAAAAAGUGUGACUGAUUGUAUUACGGAAACAAAAAUUGAGGCUGAGCAGGAGGAUAUAUUCGAAAAAAGUAACAAACAGUUACAAUGUAACACAACAACUGACGAACCUGUUUCUCAAGUGAAAGAUAAGCUUGGUUCUUCCAUCAGUACCGAUCUUAAUAAUCCACAUAAGGAAAGUAAACAUAAAACGACGUCUACUAGUGUGUACAGUUUUUCUGGAUUAUCUGGUAUUUCCGAAAUGACGAGUUCCCCAUCAUCAAACAUGUUAAAGCACAAUUCAUCUCCAGAAGAAAUGGAAACAGCUUUAAAAAAAUUAGGAUUAGGCUGGGCAGUUACGACAUUAAAGAAAACUCGAGAAGCGAGUGCUCUUAGUUCCUCUUCAAAUUCGGAUGUUACGCCAAUAAAUACAGCUAGAAAAAUGAUUUCUCCUACUAAGAAACAUCAUGAUUCGAACGGCUUUCCGGAUAUCAGUGACGUAUCAUCUAUAUCGAUCAAAGAAGCUAGUAAAAGCACUGAGCAAGCUGUACUUUUGAAAGGGAGGACUUCUACACCUAAAUUCCAAAAUUCGAAUUCCAACAGCGAAAGAUCCAGUACUACAAAUACAUCUGAGAGCGUUCAAGAUCCAAGCGAUAGUUUAACUGUACCUAAUGUGUCGCUUACAAAAUCUGAUAAUAAACAAUUACAAAGUCCCUGACAGAAAGUGUCUUAUAUGUUGAUUGUUUACUUAUUUAGAGAUAUAUAUAUUAUUUGACUUUUUAUGGAGAUUGUAAAGGCAUAAUUGUAAAAUAUGAUAUUCUCAAUAUGUGGGACCAUUUUUUAACGUGACGUAUAAAUAAUAUAUCUUAAACAAUACAUAAUUGUCAUAAUAAAUAGUGCGUUCAUGCCUAUUGUGAAUAACUCAAGAUAAAAGUCAUGCAUUAUUUUUAAAUAUUACAAUUCUAUAAGAUACUAAACAGACAUUCAUUAUCUGGUGUUGCACUAACUAUAAUAAGAUAAAAUAUUACAGCGAAUGUACAAUUUUUUAAUAUCUGAUAAUUGCUUUACAGAAAGUUUUUAUACGCGUAAACUUUUUGUUAUUUUAUAUUUUAUUCGAGAAAUAAUUGCACUUAUAGAUAUGAAAUAAUUUUUGAUUUUAUGUUAUAAUUAUAAAAGGACGAAAUAAUCGAAACGAUUGAAUAUUGUAAAUUAUGACUACUAUCGCAAAUUAUGACCGAUGAUGUUCAGAUUGAGAUAUGUUCUAAUAAUUUCAAACAUUGGAUUACAUACAAUGAAAUAUCAAGUUGUAAAGAGUAUAUGAAAUUAAAAGACUGACAGCGUAACGAUUUUUAAGACAUGUAUACUUUGUAAAAUAGAGAAAUUAUAAGAUAAUGUUUAAGAGACAAGAUAUAUUUGAAUUGAGUAUGAAAA